GUAAAUUAGUCCUUGGCAACCCUAAGUAAAAGUCUCCCUUGGCCUUGCCUCCGACCUAACGUGCUCAACCUAGAGUGUGUACGAUAUAACUGCUUUUUGUGUUACAAUCCAACCACCAACGAAUAGCCCAAGCGUCCCUUGAUUUCUCGCUGUUUUGCUGCUCGGCCACGGGUUUCUCGCACGGAGAAUUAGUUGCACUUCUGUUUCCCCGAGAAAGAUCAGAUCUAGGAGAAAACGAAGAAGAUCCGAGAGAUGGGUAGCUCUGGAAUUUCAUGGAAAUUGAACGACCACCCCAAGCUCCCCAAAGGGAAAACCAUCGCGUUGAUUGUUUUGGAUGGGUGGGGCGAGGCUAAAGCUAAUGAGUAUAACGCUAUCCACGUUGCUGAAACUCCCACCAUGGAUUCUUUCAAACAGGGUCAUCCGGAUACAUGGAGGUUGAUCACAGCACACGGUCAUGCAGUGGGUCUCCCCACACAAGAUGACAUGGGCAACAGUGAGGUUGGCCACAAUGCCCUCGGUGCUGGAAGGAUCUUUGCCCAAGGUGCAAAGCUUGUUGACUCGGCCCUUGCUUCUGGAAAAAUUUAUGAUGGAGAAGGAUUCAAUUACAUUAAAGAAAGAUUUCAAACUGGAACUUUGCACUUUAUUGGGCUACUGAGUGAUGGAGGUGUCCACUCCAGGCUUGACCAAUUGCUGCUGUUGGUGAACGGUGCUGCUGAUCGUGGUGCCAAAAAGAUCCGUGUCCAUGCCUUAACGGAUGGGCGUGAUGUACUUGACGGUUCAAGCGUAGGGUUCAUGGAAACCCUUGAAAAUGAUCUCGCAAAAUUGCGACAAAAGGGCAUUGAUGCUCAGGUUGCAUCAGGUGGAGGUCGCAUGUAUGUGACGAUGGAUCGAUAUGACAAUGAUUGGGAUGUUGUAAAGCGAGGUUGGGAUGCCCAAGUUCUAGGUGAAGCUCCAAACAAGUUUAGGAAUGGUCUUGAAGCCAUCAAGAAGCUUAGGGAGGUUCCGGGUGCCAAUGAUCAGUACUUACAGGCAUUUGUCAUUGUGGAUGAAAAUGGAAAGCCCGUUGGGCCCAUUGUAGAUGGUGAUGCUGUCGUGACCUUCAACUUCCGUGCAGAUCGUAUGGUUAUGUUAGCUAAGGCCCUUGAGUAUGAAAACUUUGAUAAAUUCGACCGUGUCCGGAUUCCUAAAAUCCGGUAUGCUGGUAUGCUACAGUAUGAUGGCGAGUUGAAGCUUCCUAGCCAUUACCUUGUUUCUCCUCCAGAAAUUGACAGAACUUCUGGGGAAUACUUGGUACACAAUGGUAUUCGUACUUUUGCUUGCAGUGAAACUGUGAAAUUUGGACAUGUCACUUUUUUCUGGAAUGGGAACCGUUCUGGAUAUUUUAAUGCUGAUAUGGAGGAGUAUGUUGAAAUUCCAAGUGAUGUGGGGAUAACAUUCAAUGUCCAGCCAAAAAUGAAGGCUACAGAGAUAGGUGAAAGGGCUAGAGAUGCUAUCCUUAGCGGCAAGUUUGAUCAGGUACGUGUUAACAUUCCAAACGGUGACAUGGUUGGACAUACCGGUGACAUUAAAGCAACUAUUGAAGCUUGCAAGUCUGCCGAUCAAGCUGUCAAGAUGAUAAUUGAUGCAAUAGAACAAGUUGGGGGAAUUUAUGUUGUUACGGCAGAUCAUGGAAAUGCAGAAGACAUGGUGAAGAGAAACAAGAAGGGAGAGCCACUUCUCGACAAGAAUGGAAACAUCCAGAUCCUCACUUCUCACACCUGUGAACCCGUACCUAUAGCAAUAGGUGGGCCAGGUCUGAGCAAAGGAGUUAGAUUCCGGCGAGAUGUCCCAACUGGCGGUCUUGCUAAUGUUGCUGCAACUGUGAUGAAUCUGCAUGGGUUUGAAGCACCUGACGACUACGAGUGCACCUUGAUUGAGGUUGUUGACAAUUAAAGAGGACUUUUUUUCCUUAAAUUAUAUGUAUGUUGGUAUUAAGAAUUUUUGGUUUAAAAGUAUUCAGGAGAAACAUGCCAAACUUCAUUCUUGAAUCUUGGCUGGUAUACAGCGCAUCAUGUUUUUGGUUGUACUAGAUCAUGAAUUUUGAUACUAAUAAGAGCAACCGCUCACUUGGUUUAGUGAAAAGCUGCAUCAUGCAUUAUACUAAAUUAUUUUAUGUUUCUCAAAUCCAUCCCCCUUUUCAUUUUUGGUAUGAUAAAAUUCUCUUGAAUGGUCUGCGAAAUGU